AUGAAGCGCGCCAAACCAAAAACAUCUGCUGAGGCGGUUGAAUUAAUGAAUCAAGCCAUUGAAGACUGCGAUUACAAGGCUGCCAAAUACUAUCACGAACAAAUCAAAUAUCUUGAAAAUUUCGAAGAAACAAAAGCAAUUGCAGGACAUGUCGCUAACUAUUUGGAGAAAAAGGACGAAAUAUCAAACCAAAUCUAUGAAAAUAUCCAAAGAUACUCACAAGAUAUUGAAAGAGCAAAACACUACUCAAUUGAAUUUCAUAAAAAUGAAUUCAUCAAAUUAAGAGAUUUCCAUCGAAAUGAAUUAGAAGAUCUCAUUGAGGAUUGGGAUCAAGAACGAUCUUCAGUUACUUAUACCGUAGAAGAGCAAUAUCAACAAACUCUUGAUACUGCAAAACUCGUUGCAGAUACAUACAAUUUUGACGCUGCGAUAAACUUACAGAAACAAGCUGCUAAAAUACUUAAAACAGGUGGACGCGAUGAUAUCAAGCAAUUUGACAGAAGAAUGCAUCAUAUGGCCGAAUUAAUGCUUAAAAGGCAAGAAGAAGAGAUUACAAACUUAAAGACAACUAGAGAUAUUGAGUUACAGAUACUUAAUGAAAUGCUUAAAGCAGCAGAAACACAAACACUUGAAGAUUUCUUUAAUGCAAACGCAAAUGAGGUUUCUCGCAUAAUAGAGAAGUUUCCAAAGGAAAUUUCAGUACCAAUUGCUCUUCAAAUGCAGAUAACAAGAGCAAAACCUCAACCUAAAUCUGAUGCUCCGGUUAAGAAAUCAACUUAUAAGAAGUUUACAAAGACAAUGCAUAAUGUUAACAGAAUUGUUAACAAUCCAAUUGAUAUCGCUGAUUUUUGA